AUGAAUAAAUGGUAUUAUCAACUUGUUUCGGAAGAAUAUAAAACAUAUAUUCAACGAACAAUUAUUCAAAGAGAUAAUAAAAGUAUAAUUGUUCGUGAAAUUUCACAUGAACUAGAAGUUUUAAAUAUUCAUAAAGUCCUUAUACCAGUUAUAACACGAGUUAAUAAAAAUAAUCCCAAUGCAAAUAAACUUGCAGGAUAUUACGCAUAUCAGCCUUCAAAAAAAGAUGAAACAAUAUGGAUACCUUUAUUGCCCAGAUAUACCAUAUAUACAAUAAUUAGUGAUAAUUUUUUUAAAUUUUCCAUUAUGAAAGAUACAAACGAUCAACUAAUUUACCAAUGGUAUUUUUAUGCGAAAGAUGAAACCUUUAAAUCAUUAAAGGAUAGUGGACAAGAUUAUAUUUGUUUUAAAACAUGCUUCAGUAAAUAUAAUUUGUCAGGCAAUCAUUCUCCACUGUGGUAUUUAUGGCUUUCAGAUCGAGAUAAUAUUCGGUUUUUACAAGAAACAAUAACACGAAAAUAUCCAAAUCUUUUUAAUCAAUAUUCACAAACUGUAAAGGCAUUUAAUACUGAAAAAACAUUAAAAAAUUCUCUUACCCGAAUGAAAUAUCAAUUACAAGUAGCUAUGGAAACAGAGGAAACCUCUAUAAGGAAAGGAAUAGUUCUUAAUAAGUUUGGAAAAUACCUAUCACCUCAGGAAACUCAAGCCUUAUUAGUCGAAUACAACACAGAUAUAGAUUCAUCCUAUGAUGAAAUAUUACACAUGACUAUCGAUAAUUUAAUUGAGAAAUGGAAGCUCGGUUCGACAUUACUUGUAGAUACAAAAACAUACUUAUCAUUGCAUCAAUUAUUUUUAAAAAUUAUCGAAUUAGCAAAAUUGUCAACGAAUAAUGCAAUUACAAAAUGUAUAGAACACGUUGAACAAGUACUUAACAAACAAAUUAAUCCAACUAAAACGGAGUUAAACGAGCAUAAAAAAAUUCUUCCAAUUAGUUUUGAUAUAUUAUGGUCACAUGGAAGAAAUGCCAAACAGGCAAGCAGUGAAUUCAUAUGCCAUCUAGAAUUUGAAGCUGUUAUCAGAAGCAAUAAUCACAAAAGAAAAGAGAUUCAGUAUGAGGUUCGACAGAGACAUAAUACAAAUGGCGUUAUUUUUGAUGAUAUGGCAAAUCUAAUUUGCGAAGUAGCUGAGGACCAAGAAACUGGUGAAUGUACUAAAUGUGAUAAUUGUCGUUGUCGCAUCAAAGAUAACCCAACUAUUAGAGAUGUAACACCCGAUAUUAAAGAGCUAUUACGUGUCGUAGAGGUCUUAACCACAAAUUACAAUCAUCAAAUCAUACCUGCUAAUGUUGUAGGUGUAUUUAGGAGAUCAAAUGCAGCUCGAAUAAAAAAAUUUGGAUAUCAACAGCUUGAAAAAUUUUAUGAUCAACAAGAUUUUAAAAAAUCAAGAAAACCGAAGCUACUAAGUACCGUUGAAUUUGCAGAAUUCGCGCUUCAAGACUUGAUCAGGAGAGGCUUAGUUUUGCAAGAUAUUAUUUUAUCAAGGCCACAUGAAACAGGGUAUAUUUCAUGCACUUUAGUUAUCGAGGGGCUUGCAGACGGUGCCAAGGAAAUAAUGAAAGAACAAGAAUGGAAGUAUUUGAUAAAGAACUAA